UCCACAUGUCCACAAGUCUGUCUGUAACGCGCCGAUCGACACGACGCCGGUUAGACAAUAUGCAGCCACUCUCAACAACAGAAUCCUCUACAACUUUGGCUAAACCACAAACACAAUUUGAUCGAAGACUACGCACGGACAUGUACCGAAGAAGCAGAAACAAAGGCUUUGAGUGACAUACAAACCAUUCUAGGUGAAUCAGGAAUCACGUGUGCUGAGCUCGGGCUGCCUGACGUUGGCCCAUUGCAACUAUUACAUGACAAUGUAGACAGAAACGUUGAGGCUGAAUAUGCUGAAGUCAACAAAAUCAAACUAAACAAUGAAAGUCUAUGACAGAAUUGUCAGCGCUGUUGAUGAGCUACAACAAGGUCGCCCAGCAUGUUGCCAGGCAUACUUUCUUGACGACCCAGGAGGAAGCGGAAAAACUUGUAUGCUCUGCAAUACACUAAUUGCACGUCUGCGAGCACAUGGCAUUCAGGUUGGAGCAACAGCAUGGACAGGCAUUGCAGCCAAUCUUCUGCCUGGAGGUAGAACAGUCCACAGCUUAUUUAAGCUUCCGGUUCCAAUCUUGGACACGAGCACAUGCAACGUCAAGCAAACCUCCAGCUAUGCUGCUAUGCUGCGUUCAAUGAGUCUCAUUAUUAUUGAUAAAGCCUCAAUGAUGCCGUUGCAUGCAUUGCAUGCUAUUGACAAACUGCUACGAGAUCUCAUCAAUGAGGAUAUUCCCUUUGGUGGCAAAAUCUUCUUGCUUGGUGGAGACUUCCGGCAAGUUCUUCCAGUAAUGCUACAUGCCUCACGUACAUUAAUAGUCGAAAACUGCCUCAAACGAUUAUCACUGUGGCCACUCUUUACAAUAAUCAAGUUGACACAAAACAUGCGUGUGCAGCAGGAUCAACAACAAUUUUCGAAAUGGGAACUGCAACUUGGUAACGAGCAACUACAUACUGUAUGAUCUUCCAGACUCAGUCGAUAUUCCGACGAAGUGUAUAGUUUCAAGCGACGUCAUUGAUACCGUUUUAGCAGAUCUAUCUUCUGAUCUCACAACCACUGUCUUACUGACACCUAAAAACGAGGCAUCGUUGGCUUUACUAAAUAACCAGGUACUAAACAGACUGGAAGGAGAAAAGCGUCUGUAUCUCAGUGUGGAUAGAGUGGUUUGUGACAAUAAGGAAGAAGAACAAAAUUAUCCUCUUGAGUUUAUUAACAGUUUAACACCAUCUGGUCUGCCAGAACAUAAACUCUAGCUAAAGGUUGGAUGUAUCAUCAU